UGCACUCCUACAGAGGAAGAUGUCAUUAGGAAAAGGCUAAAAACAACAGGAGCUGCAGCCGGAUCGGGACUAUAUUCCUACAGUUCACGGCUCUCUGGCGGAGUGUGGAUCCUCCUGAAAAACUCCAAGUAAAACAGGAGCUGGGAGCACACACACGAGAAGAUAUAUUAAGAAAGCAGUGUUUGGAGAUCUUUGAAAACACAAACCAAAACACCAGCCCCGAAGCCCCAACCCCUUGGCUAGCUCUUAUGGGAAUGAAACACUCCUCCCGCUGCCUGCUCCUAAGGAGGAAAAUGGCGGAGAACGCUGCCGACAGCACCGAGGUUUGCACCAUUCCAGCCCAGCCUCCACAGCCUACUGUUGUCCCAAAGCCAGUUCAAUCUGUCAUACAUGUUCCACUGCAACCAAGCUGCCCUGGCCGAGGCAAGAUGGCAAAGCUCAUCAAUCCAGAAGAGAUGACAUCCAGGGAUUAUUACUUUGAUUCCUAUGCUCACUUUGGAAUUCAUGAGGAAAUGUUAAAAGAUGAAGUGCGCACAUUAACCUAUAGAAACUCAAUGUAUCACAAUAAACAUGUUUUUAAAGAUAAGAUAGUCCUUGAUGUUGGAAGUGGCACAGGAAUCCUCUCCAUGUUUGCUGCAAAGGCAGGAGCCAAGAAGGUAUAUGGGAUUGAAUGCUCAAGUAUAUCCGACUACUCAGAAAAAAUUAUCAAGGCCAACCACUUGGACAACAUAAUCACAAUAUUUAAAGGUAAAGUGGAAGAAGUUGAAUUACCUGUGGAUCAAGUAGACAUCAUCAUCAGCGAGUGGAUGGGUUACUGUCUGUUCUAUGAGUCAAUGUUAAACACAGUCAUCUUCGCACGAGACAAGUGGCUGAAACCUGGAGGGCUAAUGUUUCCAGACCGAGCUGCUUUGUACGUGGUAGCAAUUGAAGACAGACAGUACAAGGACUUCAAAAUUCACUGGUGGGAGAAUGUGUACGGCUUUGACAUGACCUGUAUUAGGGAUGUUGCCAUGAAGGAGCCCUUGGUGGACAUAGUAGAUCCAAAGCAAGUGGUGACCAACGCCUGCUUAAUAAAGGAAGUAGAUAUUUAUACAGUGAAGACUGAAGAACUGGAAUUUACUUCUGCAUUUUGCCUCCAAAUUCAGCGCAAUGAUUACAUUCAUGCCUUGGUCACCUAUUUUAAUAUUGAAUUUACAAAAUGCCACAAGAAGAUGGGAUUUUCUACAGCACCUGAUGCUCCUUAUACUCACUGGAAGCAAACUGUCUUCUACUUGGAGGACUAUUUAACUGUGAGACGAGGGGAAGAAAUCUAUGGGACUAUAUCCAUGAAACCAAAUGCAAAAAAUGUGCGUGACCUGGAUUUCACAGUAGACUUGGAUUUUAAAGGACAGCUAUGUGAAAUGUCAGUAUCUAAUGACUACAAAAUGCGUUAG